AUGGCUUGUUCAAAAGCUGAAGAUUUAAUAAAUCAAUUAAUUGAAGCAACAUUAAAAUUAUUAGAUUUUGGUUUAAAUAUUAUGGAUGCAUUACGUGUUCAAAAAUUAUUAACAAUACGUAAUCAAAAAAUUGGUUUAAUAAGUGAUGAUGCUUGUUUACCGGAAUGUAGUCUACGAUUUUCACUUAAUUUUGAUUUAAUGAUGUUUAAUAAAUUAUUACGUAGUGCUUGUUUACGUGCUCGUGCAACACUUAAUGAAUUACGUGUUUGUCGACUUCGUUAUCCAAAUGCUCCACUUGUACUUGAACCAAAAACGAAAGUUAAAUUUCAGAAAUUACAACGUAAAAUUCAAGAAUUUGAUGAAGCUGUUCGAUCAGAUAAAAUGAUUGCACGACGUGAUCUUCGAGAUUUUCGAGAAAUUUCAAUUAUUUUUUCACAAUUAGAACAUGAUUUAAAAUUACUUAUAUGUAGUUUAGAAUGUGCUAGUACAAUGAAAGAUACAGUCUUAUUUGCUGCACCUAUUACUGAUGUUAUGACAGUUUUAUCCAUUGUUCUUAGUCGAUUAGAACGUUUAGCACAAAAAGCUGAAAUUGAUGAAAAAAUUGCUGCUGUUGAACAACAAAAAGCUUUACAAGAUCAAAAAUUAUCACCAACAAAUUCUUCGACACCCUUACGAAGACAACAAUCAACACCACCACCACCAGUAACAAAAACUCGUCCAAAUGAUAUUCUAUUUAAUGGAAAAAAUACAAAUCGUACAUCGAAACAACGUCGACAAGAAAUGACAGCAAUGAUUGUAGCUGCUGGUCAACAGAAAUUACAAUCUGAUAAUGAAAAAAAAUCUCUUCAAACGAAUACAUUACAAACAAUUGAAUCAAAUAAAUGUUUAAAAGAAAGUGAUUCAAUCGAUAUAAAUAAUAAUGAACAAAAUUUAAAAUUACCCAGACAUAUUAAUCGUCAUUAUAAUUCAAUAAAAUCAAAUGUUUCACAAUAUCUGAAAAAAAAUGUUACAUCAAAUGAAAAUAGCUUUGAUGAAACCCCAUUAAAUCAUCGUCAAAUUAAACAACUUCGAAAUGAAUUUAUACGAAAAUGGACGGAUGAUGCACGUAAUAUAUAUGCACAAAAUCAUAUAAUACAUUCUUCGAAUACUUAUUCUGAUCAAAUGACGAAUGUUGAUUUAAAAAAAACCGAUCGAUUCAAACAAAAAUCAACACAUCAACGUCGACAUUAUCGCUCUUUUUCUUCCUCAUCACUUGUUAAUAAUACUAAUACUUCAUCUUCUUGUUUAUCAAAUGAAUUACAUAAUAAUAAAACAAAAUUACAAUCAUCAAAUUCAACUAGUCUAUCAUCAAUCAUUGAAAAUCAAUCAAAUAUUAAACAUCAAUAUACAUCAUCAAAUAAUAGUGCAAAUGUUCAACAUAAAUCAAAAAAAUCUAAUGAUAAUAUUGAAUGCAAAAUCAGUUAA